AUGAAAGAAGAAAAUAUCCUUGCGCGCCAUUCGCGGCCACAGAAGCACUCAACCUGGGUUCCCAAAAGCCGCGACUGGCGUUACGCAACCGGCGUCUUCCAACAUGAUGACAACGAAACCGCGCCCAACGAUCGGUCGGCAUGGGAUGACAUGGACUACGACUAUCAGGUCGCCGACCCGGGAAAGAGCAGAAGUGGGAGUGGCAGUGGUCCAAGCGAUGGCGACAUCAAAGCGAUCGAUGUAAGCGCCGCGGUGUCGGCUACUCCAAAAAGCGCAAAGAAGAGAGCCCUCUCGGAUAUCCCAAAAGCCACCGUAAAGAUCCGAGCAUUCAAGAGGAAGUCAAAGUCAAAGACUGCGAAGAAGAACGUAUGGAUGUCAGUAGCAAGGCGCCAGCGGAUCAGCCAUGACGAUGUAGAGGGCGAAGAGCCAGACUACCAGACCUAUAGCUUAACCGUCAGGUUGCGCUUCUCAGGCAGGCUCAUCAUAGAGGAUGCGCUUCCGGCUGUCUCAACACCAGGCCCUAUGCAUCUCCAACAGAUACCAGACACACCUGCGAACUCCAGCAUACCUUUCGAUCCUCAUACCCCUGCCACAGCUCGCACCGCGGCCUCGCUCUACACACCACACAUGUCGCAUUCGGGCGAAUCUGUACACACAUAUCCUCCCUUCCAGCGUCCAUGGGUAGACGAAACAAAAAACUUCAAUAUGCGGGCAGUCCGCGGGGUUCUACAGAAACCCGGAUUCGUAGGCAAGGAUCUUGGAGUGCAUUAUACAUGGUACAACGACGCAGUCCCCGUAGACGCUCUACUCCCCCCAGGGGUACCUCUAUCCGCCAAAGAAGUCAUGGCCUACUACCCCCAUCACGUCCGGUGGAAAAGCAUGAUGGUCCGACUAGCGAACAACGACUAUCGCGGUGCGGAUAUCGUUGGUAUGCAGGCAUUCUUCCGUGGCCCCCCAACAACGGACAUCACAGCCGCAGUCAUGAACCAGUUCCAACGCGACUCAGUCAAGAAGAUCAUUGAGGGUUUCAAGACUGACACUAUCAACGGAAAGCACGAUGCAAACUUACAUACCGACCGCCUGGAGCCAGGCAGAUACAUCGCGGACAGACGUAGUGGCUAUGUUUUGCCGACUUUCGGUGAUCUCCUCGCUGGCCUGAACCAUCUACCGUCGGGUCUUGAUGCUCGCGGCCUCACGGAGUGUCUGAGCUGGUAUCUCCAUGUCCGGGACUCUUUUACGCCAAAGCUGGAGUUAAAUGUCCUGCAUACCCAAGCUUUGAUCCGCGCGCUUCGCAUCCCGCUCAAGCGGUAUGGUCCGCAGAAUCUGGAUUGCAACGCGCUCAAGGAGUGGAAAGAGAAGGGGAGGUUUGAGGAGCGGAAGGUGUAUUACGAGCCAGCCAGACCUAUGUCGACAGAGGCAGAGGAUACCGCGCAGAAGAGAUCGCAACUGCACAUGAACCUAGACAACCACGAAGUCAAGCUCGAGUACCAACUCCAGCUCCGCCACGUCCUCACGGUCCCUUUCCUCGCCCUCCACAGCGCCAUGGGCGAAGCGCUCAAGCUGGGGAUCGAGAAAGCCGAGAACCGGAUGACUGAGCGGGUGACCGCGGAGGGGAAAAAGAUGUUGGAAGCCAAGUGGGCUGCAAGAGCAGCUGCCGAUACGGGUCGUGAAGAACAGUCGGAGAACGUGGAAGUGCAACAACCACAUGUGAUGGAAGAGAAGUCCGAACCGAUUGUGGAGGCGGAGAACGGUGCCGAGAAGCCUGAUCGCAUUCCCCGAACGAGCCUCACGGCUGAAGCGCUGCGUACCCUCGCUCCGGCACCGAGGAGAACAUCUGCUUCACAGUCACCGAAUGGUGGGCCACUUGGUCACCGCGUUGCAGGUUCAUCGACGCAAGCGUUUGGUAGACAGUUUCAUGGAACGCCUGAGCCCAUGUACCUCGACCGGGCCUGGGGCACGCCAUCACCUUCUUCCGCAUAUGCGCCUCGCUCAGUGUACGCGAGGAGGGAGUACGAGUCGCCAAGGCAGACAGAUCAAAGGAAUGGGGCGCACCGUGGUGGAUGGGGAGAUAAUCGUGGUGGAUCAUAUCAUCCGAGAGAUUGA